UCUCCACGUGCGACAUCCCGCGACUCGUGCGGUUCCGGACGCCGCGCAGUUCUACACACGCCAUGAAGCCAGGUUUCAGCCCCCGUGGGGGCGGCUUCGGCGGUCGAGGGGGCUUUGGUGACCGUGGCGGCCGCGGUGGAGGCCGGGGAGGCUUUGGCGGGGGCCGUGGCGGCUUUGGCGGGGGCCGAGGCCGAGGUGGAGGCGGAGGCUUUCGCGGCCGGGGACGAGGAGGAGGCGGAGGAGGAGGAAGAGGUGGAGGGUUCCAGUCUGGUGGCAACCGGGGUCGUGGUCGGGGAGGAAAAAGAGGAAACCAGUCAGGGAAGAAUGUGAUGGUGGAACCUCACCGGCACGAGGGUGUCUUCAUUUGUCGAGGGAAGGAAGAUGCGCUAGUGACCAAGAAUCUGGUCCCCGGAGAGUCUGUCUAUGGAGAGAAGAGAGUGUCCAUCGCGGAGGGAGAUGACAAAAUCGAGUACCGUGCCUGGAACCCCUUCCGCUCCAAGUUGGCGGCGGCAAUCCUGGGUGGUGUAGACCAGAUCCACAUCAAGCCCGGGGCCAAGGUGCUCUACCUUGGGGCUGCCUCCGGCACCACCGUCUCCCACGUCUCAGACAUCGUAGGCCCGGAUGGUCUGGUCUAUGCAGUCGAAUUCUCCCACCGCUCUGGCCGUGACCUCAUUAACUUGGCCAAGAAGAGGACCAACAUUAUUCCUGUCAUUGAAGAUGCCCGGCACCCACACAAAUACCGCAUGCUCAUCGCAAUGGUGGAUGUGAUCUUCGCUGAUGUGGCCCAACCUGACCAGACCCGGAUUGUGGCCCUGAAUGCCCACACCUUCCUACGUAAUGGUGGACACUUUGUGAUUUCCAUUAAGGCCAACUGUAUUGACUCCACAGCGUCAGCUGAAGCCGUGUUUGCCUCUGAAGUGAAAAAGAUGCAGCAGGAGAACAUGAAGCCCCAGGAGCAGCUGACCCUAGAGCCAUACGAGAGGGACCACGCCGUGGUCGUGGGUGUGUACAGGCCGCCCCCCAAGGUGAAGAACUGAGGCCCAGAGCCACCUGCAUUGCGAGGGACUGUGUUACUACCGUUACACGUGUGUUUUUUCUAUUAAAAGACGCUUUCGUCGCUCC